AUGGAUUCCGACGACGACUUCAACAGCGCCCAGUCGAGCGAGGACGACUUCAUGGCCGACGAUGACAGCGACAUGAGCCUGGGGGACGCAGACUCCGACCUUGAGGUCGAAGAAGCCGACGUUGCCUUCGACUCGCAAGACAAGGACAUCAAGCCGAGCAAGAAGUCCUACGAGGUCGACUUCAAGGUCUACAGCCCUGGUGAUAUCCAAGCCUACCAGAACCGCGUCGUCGACGAGGUCUCGCAGAUCCUUGGCCAGCCCGCAGAGUCGACCGCCAUCCUUUUACGAUAUGCGCGAUGGAACAAGGAGAAGCUCAUCGAGCAGUACAUGGACAAGCAGGAGGAGCUGCUCGAGGAUGCUGGACUUGGCGACGAUGUCGUGGGAGCUGUGAAGAUUGCGAAAGCAGGCCCGGACUUCAUGUGCGACAUUUGCGCCGACGACGAUCCUGACCUAGACACCUUCGCCAUGAGGUGCAGCCACAGAUUCUGCGUUCCGUGCUGGAAGCAAUAUCUCUACACCAAGAUCAAAGACGAGGGCGAAGCAGCGCGCAUCAAGUGCCCAGGCUCCGACUGCAACAGAAUAGUGGACUCCAAGUCCCUGGAGCUGCUGGUCGCCGAAGAUCUCAAGACCAGGUACCACGUCUUGUUGACCAGGACGUAUGUCGACGACAAGGAAAACUUAAAGUGGUGUCCUGCGCCCAACUGCGAGUAUGCUGUAGACUGCCCGGUGAAAUUGAAGGAUCUGCUCCGGAUUGUGCCUACAGUCGUCUGUGACUGCAAGCACCACUUCUGUUUCGGGUGUUCGCUGAACGACCACCAGCCGGCGCCAUGCGCUCUGGUGAAGAAGUGGUUGAAGAAGUGUGAGGACGACUCGGAAACAGCCAACUGGAUUUCAGCCAACACCAAGGAAUGCCCAAAGUGCCAUUCGACGAUCGAGAAGAACGGAGGCUGUAAUCACAUGACUUGCCGAAAGUGUCGACACGAGUUCUGCUGGAUGUGUAUGGGGGUGUGGUCGGAGCACGGCACCAGCUGGUACAACUGCAAUCGCUACGAGGAGAAGAGCGGCCACGAGGCGCGUGACGCGCAGGCAAAGUCGCGCCAGUCCCUUGAGCGCUACUUGCACUACUACAACCGCUAUGCGAAUCACGAGCAGUCCGCCAAGCUUGACAAGGACAUCUACCUCAAGACGGAGAGAAAGAUGAUGCAGCUUCAGACGUCAUCAGGGCUGUCGUGGAUUGAGGUGCAGUUCCUUGAGCAGGCAUCACAGGCUCUGCAGCAGUGUCGUCAGACGUUGAAGUGGACCUACGCGUUUGCGUACUACCUCGCCCGCAACAAUCUGACCGAGAUCUUCGAGGACAAUCAGAAGGAUCUUGAGAUGGCUGUUGAAAACCUCAGCGAGAUGUUCGAGAAGCCUGUUGACCAGCUCGGCGACCUCAAGGUGGAGAUGAUGGACAAGACGUCAUACUGCAACCGCCGACGGGUCAUUCUUCUCAGUGAUACAGCAGAUAAUCUGAAAUCAGGCAACUGGGAAUUCAACGUGCAUCUCUCAGGCUGA